UAUGUAGAAUGUGUCGAGAUGAUCGAGAUCCGCCUUCAUGCGUUUCGCAUCAAACUUCGGCGAGCCCACCUUGGAAAGACCGAGAUUAGAGAAUACCUUGGGAAACGUGAGCAUUAUGCGGAGAUCACACAGCAUGAUAGCCAUACUCUGAACCACAGCCAGUUGGUGUUGGGCAUUUCCUUGUCAUUCAUACCACCAAGCCAGUUCUCUAGGUUGCGUUUACCAUUAUCCUCCAACGCGUCCCAAAGCUGCUGUUUCGCCACAGAAAGGGCGAAACCAAUUGCAGAGCACUCGACCAUGCGCUGAUCUUUAUUCUUCAUAUUACCCCAGAAUUCUUCAUAGUCGGGAUUCGUUCCGUUGUUGAAUCCUCUCACCCAUCGCUCCGUCCCUUCGUAGGUACCGCCACCAGCGAGGAGCGAUGCUAGACCCCAGAUGGGUCUCGAGAAGCCUUCCAGCUGAGCGGCUGCCUCAUCAUAGUGAGUACCAGUAAAUCCAAUAUGAAUGCGGGCGCCACCAGGAGAGGUAUGAUGCGCAAGCGGGUCAAGAAGCCCGAUGAGGAACUUGCUGAGGUCCCCUUUGGUAGCAAUCGGGUUGGAAGCAAAGCGCGUGGUGUUGGCAAAGUUCGACAUCAAGGCGAGAGACACUAAAGAGCGGAAGUAGUAGGUUCCGCCAUAAACGACGCUGCACUUAUAAAGGCCUCAGGAGGACAUUGAGUCCGGACCGUAUUACUGCACACACGGAGGAAGUUGUUGGUGUAGAUAGGUUCAGGCGCGGUCCGAGACUUCCCCGCAGGUCACGAUCACAUUAAUUAUCUCUUCCUGAGCAGCCGACAAGAGGAGGAGGGGACAAAGAUACAUAGCUUCCUCGCUGUGUUAGACGAUGAGAACAAAGCAAGCGUCGGUGACGGGUCGUGACGCGUGAUGGUGUGACAGGACGUGUAAGCGCUUAAUGCAACGGUCGCUCUUUGGUGCUGGCACUUGCUCUUUUCGCAGCUCAAGACCCUCUGCUAUAUCUCGUACUUGCCGUCGUCACUUUCAUGAUCCAAAGCCGCUCCCGCCUCAGGAUGAAUGGCGUGCACAUUUCCCAUCCUCGUUCGUUGACGUGCGCGAUCGAGUAUCAAUAAACAACCUAGAAACUGGUCGGCUUUUGGCAGAUUCUUUUCUAUCUGGAAAGAGUUUAGGUGCCGGUGAAAAUAAGGUGGUUAUUGAGGCUUAUCCAGGCCCGGGUGCACUAUCGAGGGCGCUGUUAAGACUCCCGAAAUCUAAAAUCAGGAAGCUGAUUAUCCUGGAGUCUUGGGACAGAUUCUAUCAGUAUCUAAAGCCAUUGGAAGCUGUGGACCCAAGAGUAACUGUCCUUCCAAUAGAUGGCUAUACCUGGGACUCAUACUCAGUCAUUGAAGAAAAAGGACUCCUUGAUGACGUUAUGAAACAUGAUUGGAAUGCAGGAAUACACCCGGAGCUCCAUUUUAUCGCACAGUUGCCUCAUGGUGUCUACGGAGAGCAGUUCUUUUCUCAGCUAUUUCGAUGCAUGCCGACCAAGUCCUGGCUAUUCAAAUAUGGACGGGUGCCAAUGAGCCUUGUACUAAGCCAGCCGAUGUGGGAUCGAGGCACCGCCCCUUAUGCAACCAAUGCCCGUUGCAAAGUUAGCGUCAUUGCAGAAGCCACAAGUCAACUGCAGAACGCCGUGAGACCAUCAGAACUCCAGCCAUACGAUGACCACUUCCAUCCGUCUACCUCACGUGUCGUCUCUAAGAAAGCGGAGUCGAAACGAGCCGGCCAGCCCCAUGUUGCUGUGAAUGUCGUGCCCCAUCAAGACCAGCUCAUUAGGUCUGAUCAAUUGGACCAUUGGGAUUAUGUUCUUCGUCGGCUCUUCGUCCUCAAAUCUACUCCUCUCAAAAAUGCCAUGAACUCUCUUGCACCCGGGGCACCUACCUUGCUUAAAGUCCUCACCGAUCCGGAGCUACCACCAGAAGAGCGCGUAAAUAUCAACGACAAGAUCAAGAACUUGACCAUCAAGGAUUGGGCCUUGAUUGUGCGUGCUUUUUAUAACUGGCCAUUCAGUCCAGAGGACUUAACGUUCUCAAAUGCGGAGGAUUUCGGUCCUGGGCGCGAGGGCUAGAUUUCCAACCUGUUUGUUCAAAUUCUAUGAAUUUGGGCAUCAUCAUACAUAUGUUUCUACUGUAUUUCACUAAUUGCUAUAGAUCCAUAAUCUGGGCAUGUGCAAUCGGACAAGAUAAAUGAGUUCACGGACAUCAGCCGAAGCAGACACUAUGAGUGAAACAACACAUAAAUUAUAUAUCAAGAC